GAGACCCCGCGCUACCUGCACCUCUAUCGUCUCGGUUGACAUGGAUGAUGAAGACGGCAGGUGCUUGCUAGAUGUAAUUUGCGACCCACAGGCCCUCAACGACUUCCUUCAUGGAUCAGAAACACAUCUGGACACCGAUGACCUGUUGGACGGCUCGGCUGACCCCUCCAGCUCCUUCUUCUCCAGUGCUGGGGGCCAUGUGCCUGAGGUCCAGGCAUCCAGUCAGCUGUCAGCGAGCGUGCCAGCAGGGGUGCCUAGCGGCAGCGUGGACUUGGACUUCCUGGAGGAUGACGACAUCCUGGGAGGCUCCUCCCCGGGAGGCGGCGGCGUGGGCGCAAACAGUGAGCCGUGCGACAUCCUGCAGCAGAGCCUGGCCGAGGCCAACAUCACGGAGCAGAGCCUGCAGGAGGCCGAGGCCGAGCUGGACCUGGGCUCCUUCGGGAUACCCGGCCUGACGCCCGUGGUGCAGCCCCUGCACGAUCCAGGCCUGGCCGGCGCGGGCGGGGCCGCCGUGGGGGUGGGUAUCGGAGUCGGAGGUUCCGCACAGAUCUUCCCUGGUGCAGCCUCCAGCUCCACCGCCACGCCCCCCGGCGCUGCGCCAGACAUGAUUGGGCCGGUGCUGGCUCACCCGGGCCUGCAGCUCCAGUCCCAGGUCAUGAACAAGGCCAUCAGCGUCCAGCCGUUUAUGCAGCAGGUGGGCCUGGGGAACGUGACCCUGCAGCCCAUCUCUGGCUUACAGGCCUUGCCCAAUGGGAGUCAGUCAGGGCACUUGGGCAUCGGGCAGAUUCAGGUCGUGGGCCAGCCCACGGUCAUGACUAUUAACCAGUCUGGGCAGCCGAUCCUGGCCAAAACCGUGGGAGGAUACCAGCUGCACCAGCCUGGACCGGAGACUGGGGCUGCCAGUGCACAGGCCAGGCUGGGAGCAUCGGUUCUGAGCUCCACGGCGGGUGGUGGCCUCUUGAUUCAAGGAGGCAAGGCCAAUUUGGCAUCCCCAGCUCUCAACGGGGCUGUUGUUGGGGUGAGCAGCACCAGUACCACCAAUAGCCUCGGUGGGAGCACUAUGACCACUUCCAGCGGGCUGGUGGGGUUCAGCGGUGCCCCCCUGGGCGCGGGAAUCGCAGCCCAACAGAAGGCCCUGAACCAAGGCGCCCUCAUGCAGAACGUGAUCAUCCAACGCACCCCGACUCCCAUCCAGCCCAAACCCCCCCAGGGGGGAGUCAUUCAGCCCAGGCUCCCCACCGCCCCCUCCCUGCAGAACGAUGCCAGCAAGGCCCUGGGGGUCCAGCAAGGCCAAGUCCCUGUCACCACCUCCCCGAACGUGGCCUUCUUGGCAGGCAAGCCGAGCGGCAACGUGGUCCUGAGCACACAGGCAGCGCCUCAGGGGGCGUCCUUCCCCCAGGCAAUCUUCAAACAGCAGGCCCCGCACACAGGGGGCAAGCCGCUGAGCGUGCACGUGCUCAACCAGUCGGGCAGCAUCGUCAUCCCGUCACAGACUGUCCUGCAGGGGCAGAACCACCAGUUCCUGCUGCCCCAGCUGCAAGCGGGGGGUCAGAUCCUGGCCCAGCACCCGGGCGGCCACAUCAUUACCAGCCAGGGCCCCGGCGGGCAGCUGAUCGCCAACCAGAUCCUUGCCACCAAUCAGAACCUCAACCUUGGGCAGGUGCUGGGCCCGCAGGGGCACCCUGGCACCGCCCACAUCUUGUCGGGACCCAUCCAGCUGCAGCCGGGUCAGAUCGGGCACCCCACUGUGUUCCAGAUGCCCGUCUCGCUGGCCCAGACGCAGACGCAGGCACACCCCGUGGUGGGGCAGGCCCAGACGGUCAUACAGGGGAUGCCCCUCCAGAACUCCCUCGCCAUGCUGAGCCAGGUGGAAGGCCUGGGCCCCGCUGUCAGCUUGCAGCCUCCUCCCCCGCAGCUGGCCGGCAGCGUCCCCAGCAGCAGCAGCGGCGGCAGCAGGGCGGCAGUGGCAGGCGCGUGCCAGCCCGUGGAGGGCGUGGCCGUGCUGGGCGGCGCUGCAGACCAGGCGCCCCACCCCGCCCCUCCUCCCUCCAUCCUCACCGUGCAGACCGCUCCGCCCGUCUCCGUCCCCGUCCCCACCUCUUUGUCCUCCUCUCCGUCCUCCUCCUCCGCCUCAUCUUCCUCCAACCCCCCGGUCGCCGCCCUGACGGCCCCUCCCGCACAGCACAGCCCCGGGAAGCUGCUCCUCGCGCCGCAGGGCUCCGGCAUGAUCCUGAGCCACGACUCCCUGAUGUUCCUGCAGCAGGAGCAGCAGCAGCAGCAGCAGCAGCAAACAGGGAGUGCCUCGCCCACCUCUGGGUGUGUUCCCGCCUCUGUCAUCGUCAGCAGCAACGCUGCUCCAGCCCCCUCGGGCCGAGACGGCCUAUCAGCCGAGGCAUGGUUGGGCCAGAGCUCCGCCCACCCUGUUGGCCCCUCCAACAAGGCAGCAGUGGUUUACCAGAUCCCCUCGACAGGACACCAGCAGCAGACGAAAGGGCUCGGGGCGUCUCCUUCACAUCCGCUGUCUGCCCAUUCAGCGGCCUCUUCGCUCGGUCAGACGGGCAGCCCCCAGCCCGCGCAGCCCCCUUCGGUAAUUCUGGGCCAACAGAUACAGUCGCCCCUCCACCAACAGCAGCAGUCCCGGCCGCCCUCCGAACCCCCACCCCAGAUCCAGCCGCAGCCCCCGUCCCGCUCCUGCACCCCUUCCUCCCUGCCCCCCCUCUUCAUCAUCCACAACCAAAUUGGGGACUCCCCCCAGCAACCACAGCAACCUCAACCCCAGGCCCAGCCCCUGGCGCAGAGCCGCCCCCCAUCCCAGCCCGCCCCCUUCCAGCAAGAAGCGCCCCCCUCCUCCUGCUCCCCAAAGCCCCCCCGCGUGCCGCCCGUGCAGUUCCAGUUCGCAGCUCCGCCGGCAGGCGCCUCCCUGGGCGCGGCGGCGAAGCAGCAGGCCCCUGUGCUGAGCCUGACGGCGGAGCAGCAGCAGACCCUGCAGCUGGUCAGCGCUCAGCUGCAGACCCUGUCGGCCAUCGCCCAGCCGUCCCCCCAGCAGAAACAGCUGCUGGACAGACUGCACCAGGUCCAGCACAGUAUUAUCCUGCAGGCGAAGCAGCAGGCACAGCCGCAGACUCUCGGCCCCAGCCAGUUCAGCCCUCAGCAGGACACACCCUCCGCUCACAUCGUGGCAUCGUCAGCUGGCGCCAGCACCUCCAUGCUGCAGCAGACCACAGUGCUAGUGAAGACUCCGGCUCCGGUAUCCAGCGAAGUGAAGGUGUUCCCAGGUGCUCCCGCAACAGCAGGGCCUGUGGUUAAGCAGGAGAUCAGCUCAGUCGGCCUUACGCAGUCCGUGCAGUCAAAGCAGGGGGUGAUCAAUUCGGUUGGGGGUCUGUCUGUGGCCAAGGGGGGUCUGCAGGUAAUGGGCACCGGAGUCUCCCAGUUGAGUGCUCCCCAGCCUCCUGCUCCAGUACAGACACAGACUACAGCAUUAAAGAUGCCUUUUUCCAUGAAGCCCAGCAAGGAAGCCAGGAUGCUGGAGCAGCUGAGGAAGCAGCAGGGCUCGGUGCUGCACCCGGACUACAGCUCGCCCUUCCGCUCCUUCGCAGACGCCCUCCAGAGGCUCAUCCCCUAUCACCUGUACCAGGGCACCCCUUCCUCCCUGCAGGACUACCGCAGAGUGGAUGAGGAGUUUGAGAGCGUUUCCAGCCAGCUGUUGAAGCGGACGCAGGCCAUGCUCGAUAAGUAUCGUCUGCUGCUCUUCGAGGAGUCCAAGAGGCUGGGUCCCUCGGCAGAGAUGGUGAUGAUUGACAGGAUGUUCAUCCAGGAGGAGAAGACUGCUCUGAACCAGGACCGGCUCCUGGCCAAGGAGAGACCAGACGAGUACGCGGCCCUCCAGAGUGCCACGGCCAGCACACAGCACCCUGCAGAGCCCAGUGCCAUGAAGGCCGCAGCCCCCGCAGCAGCCACGCCCACGCAGACGCCCGCUCCCACCCACUACCCGCCCACAAAGCUGGUGAUUAAGCAGGGUGGGGGCGGGGCCUCCGUGUCCUGGUCCACGAGUUCCGCCCCGACCCCAGCGGCAGCGAGGCUGGGAUCGGCCGAUCAGGGCUCCUCUCUCACCUCCACCCCCGGCUUCUCCCGCUCCGGGGGCGGCGGCGAUGACGACGACUCCCUCCCCCAGCGCAGCAGCAAGCCGCCCAUCAAGACGUACGAGGCGCGCCGGCGCAUCGGCCUGAAGCUGAAGAUCAAGCAGGAGGCAGGCCUCACCAAGGUGGUCCACAACACGGCGCUGGACCCGGUCCACUCGCAGAGCCAGCCUCCGCCCCGCCCUGACCCGCAGCAGCGGCAGUCCCCUCAGAAGCAGCAGCAGCCCAGGCCCGCCACUCCCGCCGUUCCUGCCGUGGCCGCCGUCAGGACUCCUCCCCGCACCUGCAGCUCCGCCCCCUCGCCGGCCGUCAGUGUGGUGACCUCGCUCGCCGGCCCUGCCCACCGUGCGGCUCCCUCCUCCACAGUGUCCACCUCCCUCUCUUCGUCGACCUCCUCCUUUUCUUCGCCGCAGAUGAACGGGACCCUGGAGCACCACGAGGUGGGCGGUGGCAAAGGGAACGCCGUGGCGACGCCGCCGACCUCCUGCCGGCUCCCCUUGCGCAAAACCUACCGGGAGAACAUCAGCCCGCCCCUGCGGCCGGGGGUGGCCGGGGGCGGGGGCACGGCACACCCUCCCCAGCACCCCGCGAACCUCCACCGCCUGUCGCCCCGGUCCCGGGGCUCCCCCUCCCCUCCGGGCCGGACAGUGAUCGCCAGCAUGAAGGUGGAGAACCGGGGGGGCAAGGGCCACUCCCAGGACCACACGAACGCAGGGCGGGGCCCGGGGGGAGGCGGGGCUAACGCACAGAGCCGGGCCUCCUCCCCGGGGCUCAUGCACGAGCUGGCAGAGGUGGAGGAAGCCUUUUAUAGGGGCAUGGUCAAAAAUCGGCACCCUCUACACCACUCAGGGGAGGAGGAUGAGGAGCAGGAGGACAGAGAGCGUGGGGGUGGCUUGGGACGAGUUCAGGGGGGCGGUGGAAAGGGCAGGGAGAGGCCACCCAGGGCGGAACAGCAGGCCCCCGCGCCUCCCUCACCCACGGGCUCCUCCUGCUCCUGGGACUCCUUGCUCCCCGCCAAGCGGCACAAGUCGGACUCCCCCGACAUGGACAACGCCAGCUUCUCCAGCGGCAGCCCCCCGCCGGACGACUCGCUCAACGAGCACCUACAGAGCGCCAUAGACAGCAUCCUGAACCUGCAGCAGGGGGCGCCCUCCGCCUGCGUCAGUGGGAGCGCGGCCGGGGCGCCGGGGGUCAAUCCGUCGCACCAGUCCCAAACCCAGCGGCGGGCUGACCCCUCGGCCGCCCCUUACAGACCCGCCCCGCCGUUGCUGGCAUCUCAGCGCUCGCAGCUAGGGGGCGCAGGUGGGGAGUUCUCCUCCCGGGGACAGAACGGCAAGCUGGCCUCACGGACGUACAGCAGAUAA